GAGGAGCUUCCUUCGUGUUGAGAUGCAUUAUAUCAAAAGCACUGUUAACAAGAAAGGGUGAAAGCAUCGUGUGUGAAGUUUGACAGAGCAAUAAUGGAAAAUCAACACCCACCACUCAACCUUCACUUCAUUCCUUUCCUGGCACCCGGCCAUCUCAUCCCUCUCUGCAACAUAGCCACACAGUUCGCCGCACGUGGCCACCGCGUCACCGUCAUCACCACUUCCUCCUACGCCCGAAUCCUUCGCAAAUCCAGCCCCUCCCUCCUCCUCCAUGUCGUCGACUUCCCCGGCGGCGAAGAACUCAUGUCCGCCGCCAAUGAUCUUGAAAGCGCCCGGAAUUUCUUCCACGCCAGCAUGCUCCUCCGCGACCCCAUCAGCCGUUUCCUAGAGCAGCACCGACCCGAUUGCGUCGUCGCCGACUUCUUCUUCCACUGGGUUCACGACGUGGCGAACAAUCUCCGCAUCGCCAGACUCGCCUUCAACGGCUUCUCCCUCUUCACCGUGGCCGCCAUGGAGUCCGUGAAAUCAAACCCCGCACUUGUUCCCGACAGCGGCCCCUUCGUGAUCCCGGAUCUUCCCCACCGCAUCACCUUGUGCUCGAGACCACCCAAGGGGGUCUCCGCCUUCAUGGAGAGGCUUCUGGAAACAGAGAUGAAGAGCGACGGUCUCAUCGUGAACAGCUUCGCGGAGCUCGACGGAGAAGAGUACAUCCAGCACUACGAGAAAGGCAAGGCCCACAAAGCCUGGCAUCUUGGGCCAGCGUGUCUGGCCGCGAAAGGCGGCGAAGAGAGGGGCGAGAAGAGAGUGGUGAGCGAGGAGGAGUGUGUGAGUUGGCUGAACUCGAAGCAGGCAAAGUCUGUUGUAUACGUAUGCUUCGGUAGCAUGUGUCGGUUUCCCGAUAAACAACUUUACGAGAUAGCUUGCGGGCUUGAAGAAGCGGCGCAUAAUUUCGUAUGGGUGGUUCCGGAGAAGAAGGGGAAGGAAAAAGAGAGCGAGGAGGAGAAGUUGAAAUGGCUCCCGAAGGGUUUCGAACAGAGGAACGCAGAGAAGGGACUCAUUAUCAGAGGGUGGGCCCCGCAGCUUGUGAUCCUGGCCCACACUGCUGUCGGGGCCUUUCUCACGCACUGCGGUUGGAACUCGACGUUGGAGGCUGUUACAGCUGGAGUUCCCAUGCUGACGUGGCCGGUGUUAGGGGAUCAGUUCUACAACGAGAGGUUGGUUACUGAGGUGCGUGGGGUGGCGGUGGAGGUGGGCGCCACCGAGUGGAGAGAGACCGGUUACGGGGAGAGGGAGAAGCUGGUCACCGGAGAUUGCAUCCAGAAGGCUGUGAGGAGACUGAUGGACGGCGGUGAUGAAGCUCGGGAAAUCAGACGGCGUGCACAGGAGUUUUCGGAUAAGGCUAAACAAGCUGUUCGCGAUGGAGGCUCCUCUCACAAUAAUUUAACUGCGCUCAUUGCUCAUCUCACGCGCCUCAGAGACACACGCUAAUCCUUAUGCCUUCACACUGCUCACCACAAUAACCUAUGCUUGUUUGUUAGUGCUUCUAUUAUCAAUCUUACACGUGUCGUUUUAUCACUGCAUUUAACUUUGUUGCAUUCUUAUCUUAUGUACUUUAAUAUGGGAAAAGCUAUUUUUGUUUUUCUUUCACUAUCCUUGACAAUAAUAAAAUAUUAAAUAUUUAAUUAAGGGGAA